AGAACCCUUGAAGAUCCAUGGAAUAUCAUGAUGGUGGCCAGUGAACAAGCGCAGUUUAUGGCAAAUCUCAUCAGAUUGAUUAACGCGUCAAAAGCUAUUGAAAUAGGGAUGUACACGGGGUACAACGCUCUGAGUAUGGCUUUGGCCAUGCCGGAGAACGGCAUAGUGGUGGCUUGUGAAAUCGUAGACACCUACAUUGAAAUUGCCAAGCCUUUUUUCAAAGAGGCUGGAGCUGAAAAUAAGAUUGACGUAUGGCAUCAAAAAGCGAUGAGAACUCUGAAUGACCUCAUAGCAGAUGGAGAGGCUGGGACGUAUGACUUUGUGUUCAUCGAUGCUGAUAAAUCCAACUAUGACAGAUACUAUGAGAAGUCCCUGGAGCUCUUGCGAAAAGGCGGGGUCAUUGCAAUCGACAAUGUGCUGUGGAGUGGAAAGGUCGUGAAUCCUGCUCCCGGUGAUGUCACCUCACAGAAUCUGGAUAAUCUCAACAAGAAGCUACACAAGGACCAGAGAAUUGAACUGAGCAUGCUCACUGUGGGGGAUGGGCUGACCAUUGCAAUUAAACGCUAAAAAUUGA